UCCUCCCUCUCUCACUCUCACUCUCCCACCAAAUUGACGAGAACAGCGGUAUACGCUCCGAUCAACCGCACGCACGGCGCGCACCAGCCACCAACUCUUCGAGCCACCGCGACGACACUUGACCGUUUUAACUUAGGAAAAUCGAACAGUAUUAAAAAUGUCGUCUAAGAGAUCCGCGACUACGGAAUUAAAUCAUGACAAUUGGCAAGAAGAACACGAACCCGAAGACGCCGGAACAUUUACAAAAGCAUCCGAUGAUGUACUUGAAAAAAGAGUUGUUAAAAGGGCUAAGCGUCGUUUACAAGCUACAGAAGAUAAUACCAGAAGUACAUUCGGUACAUUUGCAGGCUUUAAAGUAGAAUCAUCUACACCUCAGAGUUCACCAUUCAGCUUUUUAGUUAAUAGUAAUACUCCUGAUGCAAAUUUAAAAACGCACACAACCGUCAACAAAUCUCCAGCAAGUAACGGAGCAUCUAAAGGCAGUGAAAAUGGCACGAAUAAAAAAGAAAAUUCUGAAGUGCAAACAUCAUCCAGCACAACUACAAGUAAAAAGAGUUCUUGCGAACAAGAAGAUCAAAAUAUAUUUAAGAAAUCUUCUGAUUAUUUUGCUAAAUUAAAAGGGUUGAAUGAAAGUGUGGCACAAUGGAUUAAAACUCAUGUAGAUGCAAAUUCAUUUUGUAUUCUAACACCUAUUUUUAGAGAUUAUGAAAGAUAUCUUAAAGAAAUUGAAGCAAAACAUGGAAAUGGAACCGAUAAGGCAACAUAUAUAUCAGAGAAUGUGCAGCCUGUGCAUACUAGUGAUAAUAAGGAGAGUCCAAGUACAGAAAAAAAACUUACUAACUCUCCAUUUGGAGGGACAAGUCCAAAAUUUCCUUUGAAUUCAACAGAUUGGAAGCGUGAAAAAUCAAUUUUUGACCUAUAUUCACCUAAAUCUGUAUUUGGUAAAUCAGAGCAUACCGCAGAUAUUAGUAAAUCUAUUUUUAGUAAUACAGAGCAAUCUACGGGUACGCAUAAAUCUGUUUUUGGUAACAUAGACCAUAAUGCUGGGACUAAAAGUGUAUUUGGAAAUGUGAACUCAGAAAAGAACUCGUUUUUGAGUAAACCAUCUACUGUCUCAGAUAAUAAAUCAGAAGAACAAGAGUCAAAAUCAGAUUUAAAAUCUACGAGUAGUUCUUUUGGUCCAGCUAGUACUUUCUGUUUUGGUCAAAGUUCUUCUACUACUAGUAAUACACCAACUGGUUUUAGUUUUGGAAGUGCCAAACCAUUUACAUUCGGAGCUCAAGUUGUAAAACCACAAGAGUCUGAGGAUAAAUCAGAAACUGAAGUAAAAGAUGAUGAAGAUGAGGAACCACCAAAAGUAGAGUAUAAGAAAGUAACAGAAGAAGGUGCCAUCUAUGAACAAAGAUGUAAAGUUUUCAUAAAGAAAGAUGGUAAUUUUACUAGUAGAGGUGUAGGAAUACUGUUUUUAAAGCCAACUCCAAAUGAUAAAACGCAAUUAAUAGUACGUGCAGAGACCUCUCUGGGAAAUUUACUGCUCAAUACUUUAUUAACUGAAAGUAUUCCAACAGUACGCAUGGAUAAAACCACAAUAAUGUUGGUUUGUUUGCCAAUGCCUGAAUCUACACCACCACCGGUAUCAGUCUUGUUAAGAGUAAAAACAGCUGAAGAUGCAGACGCGUUAAUUAACGCACUGAAUAAACAUAAGAAAUGAAGGAAACAAUAGGUUGUAUUGAAACUUGCAAGAGAUAUGAGAGUUGGUGUUACAACGCAAUUAAAUAAGACAUAUGUGACAUGUUAUACACAGAACAUAUUCAAAUAAAUUUGAAUGAUUACUAACGAUUCUACGGAAAAAAUACAAUUUUUCGCUGUUAAAUAUAAAUUUCAUGUAUGUUGGAAGAUUUUUUACUUUAAUGCUACAAUAUAAACUGUUAUGUAAAUUACGACUGCAAAAGUAAAAUUCUUUUUUAUUUUCCACUACACGAAAUAUACUCUAUAACGUCAUUAC